AUGGUCUCUGAAGCCUUUCGGAAGACGGGUAUUUCGGUCGGGAGGAAGGUCCCCAAGAAACAGCUGCAGGACCUCCGCCCACAGCUCGAGGAGUUACAUCGAGUCAAGUAUGGGCUCAAUUACCACGCAUUUUAUGCCUGGUCGCCGGGUUCUUCGCACUCCAAGAUCCUAGCGCUUGUGUAUCCGGGAUUCUUGAGGAUUGCAAUCACGUCGUGUAAUCUAAUGGACAUCGACACCAAGCUGGGUGACAACCAUUGGUAUAUCCACGACUUGCCCAAGAUUGUCGAGCGACAGGAUGGUCAGAUGUCCACCUUCGAAACGGACCUGCUUGCUCAUCUGACGGCUCUCGGGACACCGGUCGGGUUCAUCAAUUCCAUACGUGGGAGAUAUGAUUACUCAACAGUCAAAGUUCAUCUCGUCUCAUCCGUGCCUGGUACGUAUUCGGGCACCAAGGCCCAAGACUGUGGCCUUCUCCGCCUCCGACAAAUCAUCAGCAGUCUGGACUUGAACCUAGCAAAGAAGAAGCGCCAGGGAAAGUUACAGCUUGAAGUGUGCACAGCCAGCCUUGGGAACCUGUCUUCGAGAUGGUUGGACGGGUUCUACGACUGCGCACUCGGACGAAAGUAUCUAGAGGUCAUCGAGGACUGCGACGUGCCCAGUGGCUUGAAGCUAUUUUACCCAACCAUUGAGGACGUCAGGUCCGCUAGCGAGGAGGCACAACAUGGUGCCAGUAAUAUUGGAAAAUUCAUCGUUGCAUACGACCCAACAGCACCCGCGUUGUUGCCCUACUAUGUCUACAUUGGCUCCGCAAACCUGUCUUCGUCUGCAUGGGGGACGUUGGAGACAGACAAGAAGCAGAAUGAGGAGACGUGCGAUUUGAAGCUCAUCAAGACCUCCAACUUUGAAUGUGGUGUCGUUAUCCCGGGCGACGUGAUUGAGGGUAUCCUCGAGCCGGGAACGAGCAGCUGGCAAGACGGUAUCGUGCCAUAUGACCAGGCUGCGAGCAGAUAUGAUGUCGGGAAGGACAAGCCCUGGAAUGACCCAGUGUGGGUCCGGGAUUUUCGAGACGACUGGAAGGAUGACGGCUCGUCGAGACCUCUUGCAGGUCGCCGCAAUGAUCUCGCAACCUUCCCAGCAGUCAUUCUGCAGGUUGUCAUGGGAAGAUUGACCGCAAAGCUGUCCGCGAACCGCCGUUGGGCGUUGGCGCUCAGCCGGGGCGCGGGUUGCGUGACCAGAAUUUCACUUCCAACUGGCCGGCCAAUCUUGGUAGUCCUGGUGCUCAUGGUUGCCAACAUGCUCAUACCUGCCGUCGCCUACACGAGCCUGUCCGACGAGAGCCUACACCGAAUACCGGCGGCCGGUGCCGACUUCGACAUCCACAAUAACGCCGGGCUGCUCGCGCCCAUUUUGAUCCCGCGUGUGCCCGAUACCCCGGGCUCCGAAAAGGUCCAGCAGCACUUUGCCGACUUUUUCCAGAACAGCCUGCCGGGCUGGGCCGUCGAAUGGCACAACUCCACGUCCAGGACCCCGGCCACUGGCGACAAACUCGUGUCGUUCCGUAAUCUGAUUCUUCGCCGCGACCCUCCUUGGGCUGCCGUCGGCGACGUCGCCCGUCUUACCCUCGCCGCGCACUACGACAGCCUGUACAGGCCUGAAGGGUUCAUUGGGGCCACGGACAGCGCCGCGCCCUGCGCCAUCCUGCUGCAUGUCGCGCGCAGCGUAGACGAGGCGCUGACGAGCAAGUGGGAGGCCAUGCGAGCGGCUGGGGACACGGAUGGCCUUGAUGAAGAGAAGGGCGUGCAGAUACUUCUGCUAGAUGGAGAAGAGGCGUGGGUGAGGUGGACUGACGCGGACAGCACCUACGGCUCCCGCUCGCUCGCCUCGCACUGGGACAGCCAGCUUCACCCGCCCGCAUCGGUCUUCAAGCGCCCAAUCGACUCUAUCUCCUUAUUCGUGCUGCUUGACUUGCUUGGCGCGAGCGACCCGCAUGUGCCGUCCUACUUUCCGACGACGCACUGGGCAUACCAGAAUCUGGCCAAGAUCGAGGACCGCAUGCGCCAGCUGGGACUGCUCGAGUCAAAGCCCAAAGGCCAGUUUCUCCCGGAUGCCAACAAGGAGCAAUGGCAGUUUCACCACGGGUUUGUCCAGGACGAUCAUGUGCCAUUCAUGGAACGCGGUGUCCAGAUUCUUCAUCUGAUCCCGACACCUUUCCCAACCUCCUGGCACCAGAUGGAGGAUGAUGGCGACCACCUCGAUGGGCCUGCGGUUCAGGACUGGGCGAAGCUCGUCUCGGCCUUUGUGGCUGAAUGGAUGGAUCUUGACGGCUUCAUGCCGCAUCUGAGAGGAGACGACGUGGAUGACAGGCUUCGGAAGACAGAACUAUGA